GUUUAGUGUAGAGUGUCGUGUUAAAAAUAUAGACGACAGACACACUACUAACUGCAACAAAGCCAAUAAUAAUACAAAUACAAAAAUAACAAUUGUCAUUACAAGUGUUAACUGUUUAUUAUCAUAAAAAAGGUGGCACAUUGAUACAAUAAAUAAUAUCGGAUUUUUAAAUUUAAAUGAAUCUUGUUUAAAUAAUCACCUCAAUACCUAAAACGAGCAAUACAAGGAAAAUGGCUGAUGAACAUAAACCGCAAGCUGGUGCUACAGGCACUUUAUCAACAAAAACACUGUACGAAUUAAGUGUUUGUCAAGUUGCUGAUAGAUUUACAAAAUUAAAAAAAUAUCUCACUUGUUUAACCGACAAUAUUCUCUUUGACGUAUACUACGAGUUGUAUAAGAAAAAAAAAUUAUGUUUGCUGGGAGCCGAGUUCAGCGAUUUGGAUAUUUUUUCAAAGAUGCUGAGAGUAAGAAACAGGAGAAUUCAUUUAUUUCAACUGUUUCAGGCACUGAUGGACCACGGAACAAAAAUCGACAACGAACUUGCGAUAAGUUACAAUGUAUGUUGUUCAAGGAUAAGAAACAAAUUAAAUGGCCAAGCAAAUAUCAUAGACCUUGGACUCAGACUCGGGAGCUUUCUGAGUGACGCUGGAUGGUACGCGGAAAGUACAAAAGUUUUAUUAAUGUGCAGAGAUUUAUGUAUCACAGAGAGCGAGACCGCUGAAAACUGGUGCCGUACAUUAGACUGCUGUCACAAAUUACUACGUGCCCAGGCGGCUUACUGUGCAUUCAAAGACGCUAAGGAGACACACGAGCUGGCAUUAAGUACAGUUGAGAAGUUACAGUACGCCGGGUACGAAGAUUGCAAUCAUGCUGCACUUUACGCUGAAUUCAGUGUGUUAUUUUUUAUGAGAAGUGAAUAUGAUCAGGCUUACAGAUGGAGUCUCGCGGCAUUGAAAGAAUUAAAGCCAACAUUACCGCCACGUAUUACAAUAGACGUAUUACGUCAGGCCGCUAAAUCAUGCGUUGUUAAACGUGAAUUUAAAAAGGCCGGUUUGUUAAUACGUCAAGCCGUCUAUCUGUCAAGGGAAGUAUUUGACAAAAAUCACCCCAAGUUCUGUGAUGUUCUUAUAGAUUACGGUUUUCAUUUACUAAAUUUUGACAGCAUUGUAAAUAGCGUAUCAAUAUACGAGAACGCUUUGUCAAUAAGAAAAGAAAUAUUUGGCCGUACUAAUUUACAUGUCGCUAUUGCUCACGAGGAUUUGGCCUACGCUCUGUACGUGCGCGAGUACAGUUCAGGCAGAUUCACAGAAGCGCGGGAACACGUCGAGAGAGCUAUUGAAAUAAUGGAAAAGCUUCUGCCGUUUGAGCACCUGAUGCUGGCGAGCGCGAAGCGGGUAAAAGCCCUGAUACUAGAGGAGAUUGCGCUUGAUAACGAGCAGGACAAUGCGUCGACGACAAACAAAGAAUUACUUUUGCAAUCCGAGUACCUGCAUCUCUCAGCCCUUCGUCUCGCCCAGACGGCAUUCGGCGAACGAAAUGUACAAACGGCUAAACAUUACGGUAAUUUAGGUCGACUGUAUCAAAGUAUGAGUAGAUUUCAGGAAGCUGAAGAGAUGCAUUUAAAAGCCAUAAGCAUUAAAGAAGAAUUACUGGGCUCGGAUGACUACGAAGUUGGAUUAAGUAUCGGGCACUUGGCUUCACUUUAUAACUUUCACAUGAGUCGCUAUCGUGACGCGGAAAAACUUUACUACCGCAGCAUUGCCAUUAAUCUUAAGUUAUUCGGUAAGAGUUACAGCGGACUUGAAUACGAUUAUCGAGGUUUACUGCACGUAUAUGAAAAACUACAAGAUUACGAUAAACUUUUGGAGUACAGAGACACCCUUAUUUUAUGGCACGAUUUAAGAAAACAGUACAAUCAAUCAGAACAUCCGCCGAUUGACUUGAACGAACGCCCUCAACUUAUUGAACACGUGAUAAAAACAUUUUUUUCGAUGUAAUUUAUCUCACGUAGAUACGAAUCUACUUGUUUCGCGUUAAAAAAAAAAUCAACAUCAUUAUUAAUGAUAAUUAUUUUAUUUUACGGAGAUGUUGAUCCAUAGCUCGGAUCUCGUUUUAUUAAUUAAAAUAAUGUGUAAUUAAAUUUAUAUUGGUCGGAAUUUUUUUGACCUUAGUUUAUAUAGUUAAUAAUGUAAAGACGGAUUUUAUCUUCAGUGAGUCCAUUGUUGCAUAAUUAUAUGAGUAAUUUUCAAAUCACAAAUCACUUUAAGUGAAUAUUUAAAAAAAGAAAAAAAAAAGGCGUAAGCGCGGAUCGUAAAAUCAAUAUGUUUAAUUAGCGAGAAAAAAAUUAAAUGAUAAUGACAUCAGAAAAAAUUUUUUAUACAAUAAAUAUAUACUAGUGAUAUUCCAAAUAUAAAUCAACACAAUUGUUAAUAUAUAAAACAACUAGAUAUACCAAAAUCUGUGUAUCAAUAUUAAAUACUGUUAAAAAAAAAAUUACAUCAAUAUGUACAGAGAUAAUAUUCGUUAAAUAUUAUCAAUAUAUCACGAUAGUUUAUAUAAAAAGACAACUUGACAAAGUACACGAAAUCUUUUAAAUAAAUGUGUUAAUUAUUUGUUUCACACAACAGCUUUAUCACGAGACCACUU